AUGGCCCGUGUCAUCACCACCGGCAUUGUGAGCAUACACAUUGAGAAGCCUUCCCGAGCCUUCGAAGUCGAUGAUGUGGGAGGGCAACGCAACGAGCGACGCAAAAGGGUGGGGUGUUUCGCAAACGUUAACUGUUUGAUGUUCGUGGUUAACCUGGCGGGAUACGCCACCGUCACAUACGAAGACGCGAGUAUGAACAGAAUGACUGAGGCCAUGAACGCGUUCAAGGCAACGGUCAAUAACCGGGUGUUCAACGACACUAAGAUCUGUCUAGUCUUCAACAAGAAGGAUGCAUUUGAGAAUAUGCUGCUCAAGAAACCUUUGAAAGAAACUUUCCCCGAUUAUGAGGGCCCUAACUGCAAGUACAAUCUCGAAUUGUCUCGCAACUGUAACUGAGCUUGUGGAUGAUGUACGCUUGCUCAUAAUUUGGGAUUAAGCUGCAUACUAGCAUACAUACAAGGGUAUACAAA